AUAACGUCAUUGCGUAAGAGUACGUUGCGUUGCGCGCGGGAGCUUUGGUUAUCCAACAGUGGAGUUUGAGGGAAACAAGUGAGCAGGAAGGUGGAACCUGCAGCUACAUCAAAACAAUUAUUAGCUUUAUAGCUUAUGAUUAGGAUACAAAGAGCCUCUCUGUUCUCACUCGGACCAUGGCGAUGAGGAGCGAGGCCCGGGUGCAGGCUGAGGUAGAGGAGGAGGAAAACUUCGGCCCGCAGCCUCUGUGCAGACUGGAGCAAUGUGGAAUCAGUGCCAGCGACAUCAAGAAGCUGGAGGACGCAGGUUUCCACACCAUCGAGGCGGUGGCCUACGCGCCCAAGAAGGAGCUGCUCAACAUCAAGGGCAUCAGUGAGGCCAAAGCGGACAAAGUUCUGGCUGAAGCUGCCAAACUGGUGCCCAUGGGUUUCACCACGGCUACCGAGUUCCACCAGAGGAGAGCAGAGAUCAUCCAGGUCUCUACAGGCUCCAAGGAGCUCGACAAACUCCUGCAGGGUGGCAUUGAGACCGGCUCCAUCACAGAGAUGUUUGGAGAGUUUCGGACAGGGAAGACCCAGCUGUGCCACACUCUGGCUGUCACCUGUCAGCUGCCCAUCGAUCAGGGGGGCGGAGAAGGUAAAGCCAUGUACAUCGACACAGAGGGAACCUUCAGACCAGAGAGACUCCUCGCAGUUGCUGAGAGGUACGGGCUGGUAGGCAGUGAUGUUCUGGACAACGUGGCCUACGCCCGAGCCUUCAACACGGACCAUCAGACCCAGCUGCUGUACCAAGCCUCUGCCAUGAUGGCUGAGUCCAGGUACGCUCUGCUGAUAGUGGACAGUGCCACAGCUCUGUACAGAACAGACUACUCUGGCAGAGGCGAGCUGUCGGCCAGACAGGGACACCUGGGACGUUUCCUCCGCAUGCUGCUCCGGCUGGCGGACGAGUUUGGCGUUGCCGUAGUGAUAACCAACCAGGUGGUAGCACAGGUGGAUGGGGCUGCCAUGUUUUCUGCAGAUCCCAAGAAACCAAUCGGAGGCAACAUUAUGGCUCACGCCUCAACCACACGUCUGUACCUGAGGAAAGGCAGAGGAGAGACGAGGAUCUGUAAAAUCUACGACUCGCCCUGCCUGCCGGAGGCCGAAGCCAUGUUUGCCAUUAACGCCGAUGGAGUGGGUGACGCCAAGGACUAAGACAACUGUGUUGUGUUUGUGUGGUCUUGACCCGUACUACUGCCCUCACACAAAGCCUCAGACUGAUGGGUGAGAGAGAGUCAAAGGUCCUGGGUUGUGUGAUUUGGUUUGAUGCUGAUUGAGACAGAGUGGAUAAGAUGGUCCAGGCUGGAGCUCAGUGGUGCCACAGCAGACAGAGUGCUCAUUCAUACUGACGCUCAUUGCACUCAACAGAGGAAAGUUGUGACAUAGAAUCUCAUUAUUACAGUACCUGUUCUAUUAUGAGACUACUUCAUAGUUAUUUUUUGUAAUUAUAACUUCUCAUAAUACUGAGAGCUUCAUCACAUCAAGAUCCCAAAUAUCAUCAUUUACACUAAAGUCCCGCCCCUUUUUGCUCAGUGCUCCAAUAAGAGUUGAGCAAGCUUCGGUCAACUUCUCCUUUCCUGUACUUAGAUAUGCUAUGUGCUAGGCUAAUCUACCGCAUUUUGAAGAUGGUUAGAAGAUAAGUGGCAUAGUGGCUUAUUAGUUAGCUAAUCUACAUCAAUGGUUACAUAGGGACUUGCCAGCUAACUACAAAGCUAACAGUUGAUGUAGAUUAGCAAGAUAGUUAGCUAGUGUUUGGCUAACUUGAGAUGUGACUAAUAUAUAUACAUAUAUAUAUAUAUAUAUGUCACUUUUAUUCUAACAUUCUUUAAAAUGUACUUGUCUUUUUAACAAAGAUUAGCCUAGCACAUAGCAAAUCUAAGAACAGGAAAGGAGGAAGCUGACCGAGGUUCCAAAAAGGAUGGGACUUAGGGUGAGUCAUGAAAAAAUCUCAUUAAAAUGAAACAUUUCUUACAAGAUCUGUAUCUCAUAACUUAAAAAAAUGUCAUCAUAUCGCAACUUCUUAAUCGCACCAUUAUUAGAUCUUUACUGUUUGAUUACAAAAACCCAGAAAAACGAAAGAUCUCCUAAUUCAGAUGCUAACUCAUAUUUAGAGAUUAGGUCUCCAUCUUUUUUCUUUGUUGAAUACAAUGUGCCUGUAGUUUCAAAGCAAAAAAAUAUUUUGUAAAAACUAUUUUAAAUAGUUUGAGAUCUUUUUUUUUCUUGUCUUUGUUGUUUUGGAUGUGACAGUGAAAUGUUUUGUGAGAAUGUGGUUGAAAUGCAUUAUUUAACAAUGACGGCAUAACUACAAAGCCAUAUUUUAUAUACCAUAGUUUCUCAGAUUACUAGAAAGCAAUGUUUUCAUCUGUUGCCUUCUACACUACUACUGGUAUGUCCCUUUUCUGUUUGUUUUCCAGAACCUUCUGUAUAUAAGCUUUAUAGCUAAAUUAAAAUUUGUUUUACCAUUAAA